CUCACCUAUUUCAGAACUAAAUAAACGAAGAAAAUUUAUAAAAGUGUUUUGCUUUUAAAGCAGAGAUGGAAAAGUACUUUCAACAAGGCAAUGUAUCUUAUCUGUAAGAUCGAAAACGUAAGAUAUAACCCUGUAUUAUAACAGCAAAUUCGACAAAUAUAGAUUAUUAAAUACUUCUGUAUUUCAAGAUGAGGUCCUUCUUGGUGCUUUUUGCACUCAUCUCUAUGGUUUUAGCCGACCAUAUUGAUUGGUCCAAAGUUACUAUUAAUGAACCAAGAAUACCACUUCCUUCUAACCUAGAACAACACCUUGCCAAACCACGGAUCGUAGGAGGAGAAGAAGCUGUUCCCAACUCUCUUCCAUACCAAGUUGGCCUCCUUGUCACCUUUGAUGAAGGUACCUACUUUUGUGGCGGAUCUUUAAUUUCACCUCGUCAUGUUCUAACUGCUGCUCAUUGUACUGAAAGUCUUCUAUCUCGACCUCUCGAAAUUGAAGUACGUUUGGGGGCUCAUAGAAUCCAAGAAACGGGUGGCCAAGUCAUCAUGCGUACCACCAGCUACAUAACUCAUCCUGAUUGGCUUCCAUCACUUCUCCGUAGCGAUAUUGCCAUUGUAAACCUUCCAUCUACCGUCACUUUGACCGAUAAUAUUCAACCUGUACGUCUCCCGAGUCGAUCUGACAUUGGAAACGAUAUCGUUGGUACUACUGCAAGAAUUUCCGGCUGGGGAUUGACCAGUGAUAGUUCCACUACGAUUAGCCCAACUCUCCGAGAAGCUUCAGUUGAUGUUAUGUCUAUUGCGGCUUGCAGAUUCGCUAUGAGAUGGUGGGAAAUCGCCAUAAUCGCAGAGUCCCAUUUGUGUACUUCCGGGGAUGGAGGAAGAGGAAUUUGUAGCGGAGACAGCGGUGGUCCAGUUGUUUCUAACGAUAGAUUGAUUGGUGUAGCUGCUUUUGGUCUUGUUAAUGGUUGCGAACUUGGAUUGCCAUCUAUACACACUCGUGUUAGUACCUUUUUGGACUGGAUCGAAGCUAAUUCUGAUGUUAGUAUUGAUUAA